UCCAUCAUUCAGUAUUUAUACUGCUUACAAGCUAGUCAUACGUUUGUCCUGCGCAUAAUAUUAUUAUAUUUUUUUUAUUGUUGAACGUGAAUUCAUAAAGAUGACUUACAAAUUUGGUGUUCUACUUCUGGUCGUGACCUACAUGUCAGUGACAACAGCGCUACCUCCGUGCGUUUGUACGAGGAACAUGAACCCAGUCUGCGGCUCCGAUGGAGUAACAUACAGCAAUCCCUGCUUACUCGACUGUAAACGCAUAACGAGCAACAAAGACCUCAAGAUUGAGAAGAACGGCCCGUGCGGAAAUGAAAAACUACCAAAAGUCUGCGUUUGCACCUACGAGUACAGUCCCAUCUGCGGCAGCAACGGCAUCACAUAUCCCAAUCAAUGCGCACUAGAAUGCGAAAGUGAUCUUGUCGAGGUAGCUUACAGGGGUGAAUGUAAAAAACCUGAAGAUGAGAUCAGCAUUGGUAAGCUCCCUUGUACGUGCACGAGGGAGAAACACCCCGUGUGUGGAACUGAUGGAAACACUUAUAGCAAUCCUUGCAUGUUGAACUGCGCUCGCGAAGGCAAUCAAGACUUGCACGUUGACCACGACGGCGCCUGUUCCAACGAAGUUCAGAUUGUUGAACAUGCUGAGCAAAACCCGUGCACGUGUACUAGGAAUCUGCUGCCAGUAUGUGGCUCUAACGGUGUAACCUUUGCUAACGAGUGUCUAUUGCAUUGCGCCGGCACUCACUUGACCGUUGCUAAGUAUGGCCCAUGCGAAUCCGAGUAGACGUCGCGUCACUUGCAACUAUCACACGUUCUGAGAUUUUUUUUGUUUAAUUUAUUCUCGUAAGUUUUGUUUAAUUUCGUUAUUUUGUAAUUUUUGUUACUGAUUCGACCUUCUAGAUAAACAUUUUCUAAGAUUGUCAUGGUUACCUAUAUCAAUGUUUACUUUACGAGCUUAUCAUGACUUCAAUAUAGAUGUUUUCAUCUA